AGGCUCGCGCACUCAGCAGGUUGGGCUGCGGCGGCGGCAGCUGUGAGAGCUGAGGCGCUGCGCGUGAGAGGUCCCAGACGCGUCUGCGGCUCCAGUUCCGCCACCUUCCGCUUCUCUCACCCCAGUUUCGGUGCCGGGUGCUGAGAGGGGAUCGGCGCUAGCCUCGGGAACCUCGAGCACACCCCUGGCUGCUUCCGACACCGCCAUCCUUCCUUUCCCAGCCGCGGGCCUCGCUCGGUGCUAGGCGACUCUGCGGGGAGGCGGCGGCGACCGCUGCCUGUCUGUAGGGAGGAGUCCUGCCCUGCAGCCUUGCUCCGCCGCCGGGCCCUAAAGGGUCCGAGAGAGCUUGGCACCGGUCCUUCCUCUCGCCUUUUUCGUCAACCGGUUGGAGCAGCGUCGGUCCGAGAGGUCUCUGGGCUGAGGCGGCGGCAGCUCCUCCGGCUCCAUCAUGUCCGCGGGCGGAGACUUCGGGAAUCCGCUGAGGAAAUUCAAGCUGGUGUUCCUGGGGGAGCAGAGCGUUGGAAAGACAUCCUUGAUCACCAGAUUCAUGUAUGACAGUUUUGACAACACCUAUCAGGCAACAAUUGGUAUUGACUUUUUAUCAAAAACAAUGUACUUGGAGGAUCGAACAAUCAGGCUGCAGCUUUGGGAUACUGCGGGUCAGGAACGUUUCCGUAGCCUCAUUCCCAGUUACAUCCGUGAUUCUGCUGCAGCCGUAGUAGUUUACGAUAUCACAAAUGUUAACUCAUUCCAGCAAACUACAAAAUGGAUUGAUGAUGUCAGAACAGAAAGAGGAAGUGAUGUUAUCAUCAUGCUAGUAGGAAAUAAAACAGAUCUUGCUGACAAAAGGCAAGUAUCUAUUGAGGAAGGAGAAAGGAAAGCCAAAGAGCUGAAUGUUAUGUUUAUUGAAACAAGUGCAAAAGCAGGAUACAAUGUAAAACAGCUCUUUCGACGUGUUGCAGCGGCUUUGCCUGGAAUGGAAAGCACACAGGACAGAAGCAGAGAAGACAUGAUUGACAUAAAACUGGAAAAGCCUCAGGAGCAACCAGUCAGUGAAGGAGGCUGCUCCUGCUAAUCCCCCAUGGCAUCUUUAACUUUUCUCCAGAAGCUCACUGCUUUGGCCCCCUUACUCUUUCAUUGACUGCAGUGUGAAUAUUGGCUUGAACCUUUUCCCUUCAGUAAUAACGUAUUGCAAUUCAUCAUUGCUGCCUGUCUCGUGGAGAUGAUCUAUUAGCUUCACAAGCACAAAAAAGUCAGUGUCUUCAUUAUUUAUAUUUUACAAAAAGCCAAAUGAUUCCAACAUAUUCCACUUUAAAAAUUAGAUACAUUUUUCUCAACUUUUUUUUUUCCUUUUCAAUGUUAUGAUAAUGUACUUUAAAAUGAUGGAAAUUUUAACAGUAUAUGGUUUGGUUAAGGAACAGUUGUUCAUAGCAGCACUUGCCUACCUACUCGAUCUCUCUGCUUUUCUCACCUCUCCCUUACUGCAUUCCCUAUUCUUUCUCUCUCUCCCUAAAAACAGACGAGGUAUGACAAAGCAGCAGUCAGACCAAGCCCAUUGGAUCCUUCAAAUUUAGCGAUACCACUUGCUCGAACCUUGGGCCAGAAUGUCCAAAAUUAUUAUUGAGCAGUGAUAUAAAUUACUUAGACUUUAUUUGAGGUCAAAACUCAACUAUUAUGGUAGGCAGUGCUUGAAUAAGACAAGGGUUCUGUUGCAUCUUCAAAAUGAGUUCUAAUGAACACACUGAGUACUUAGUAAGUUAAGUGAACAUAAAAUGUGUUUCAGACCAAAUAGAUGACCCUUUCACAUGUUAGUCUCUGGGAGAGAAGGGUAACAGUGCUUCAGAACAUGUUUUUAAUACUGAAUUCUUCUCUGAACUGUUUCUGCCAGGAUUUAAAAUUGUCAAGAUAAAGUUAUUCUCUUUGUUUAAAAAAAAAAAGAAGAAAACUUUUGUAAGCAAUAGAUUUCUCUUGGGUUUUCUUUCUUCAAAAAAUGCUAUGUAGGCAAGGCACUAUAGAAAUCAAAUUCCUUUAAGAAGAACCAGUGGAAGAAUUUAAACUUGGCACCUUGAUCAAAACUACAAUAACCAGUAGAAACAAUGAUAUCUAAAGUUUACCAACAAAAGAAUCCUCAACAGAAUAGCAAAUACUUUGCUCAGGACAUUUGAGGUCAAAUUGAAAAUAGAAACAGGUUUCUUAUAAGCCCCUAGAGGCAGAUCUGGAAAAGCAUACAUAGAAGAGGGAAAGGAGAGAAUGGAAAUAAAACUCAAUAUUAUGCAGAUUUAUGCCUUAUUUUUUAGCUUUUUUUUUUUAAUGUUGGUUUUGCUUUUUAUUAGGUCUGUAUAGUUUGGUAAUUAACCAGUGAUUUAGUUUUAUAUUGAAGCUAAAAUUAAUCUUUUUUCUUUGGUGAUAUUUAUUUCUUUGCCUUCUUUUUUUUAAACUACUUUCAAUUUUUAGAUGUUUUGUCCAGUCUGUUUAGAGCUUCAUCACCAUGGCAAUAUAUAUUUCCCUUAAAACACGGUAAACAAAUAUACUAGGAGUGCACCAUUUUAAUCUUUACUAGUUAUUGUGAGAUUGCUGUGUAAGUUAAUAAACACAUUUGUAAAUACAUUGUUUGCAGGAAGAAAAUUUCUGAGUUACAGCUCAGGAAAAGCCUGCUGAAUUUACGUUGUAAGCAUUACUUAACACAGUAUAAAGAUGAAAAGACAACAAAAAAUAAUUCAUACUUCUUCAUCCCCUCAUUGCAACAAAACCCUUAACUGGGAGAACCUUAUUCCCCUCUCUUUCCUCUUCCUUCUCCAAUUCCCACUUAUUGUCACCUUGUAAUAUUCAGAGAGCACUUGGAUUAUGGGUCUGAAUAGAGAAAUGCUUUCAGAUAAUCAUUAGCCCACAUACCACUAACUUAUACUCAAAGAUGGGAUGGAGUUGUAAAGUGCUUUUAUAUAAUACGAUAUUAUUGUUAAAGGCGAGGGUUGACUCUUUUGUUUCAUUUUGACAUGGCAUGUCCUGAAAUAAAUAUCAAUUCAAUAUGGCA